AUGUACCUUACAUUGACAGUACUAUUCUUUGCCAUUGGAGCAGUCACUGUUUGGCUGGUUCGCAAGACCUUCUUCGUAUCCGUACCCAGGCUUCCCUUUCCGCACAUAAAGUUUGAGGACGGCGACAACUCUCCCAAGCGUUACGUUAGAGACCUGACCAAACUUAUCGGCAUCGGCUACGAAAAGUAUGGCAAACGUGGCAUCCCCUUUACGCUGCGCAACCCGACAGACGAGAAACGUCCACAGAUCAUCAUGCCUCUCAAGUACCUCGACGAAGUGGCCAGGACACCGCAGAGCAAGCUCAGCUUUGCCGAGUACAACAAGCAAAACUUUCUCCUGAAACACGUCGGCGGCUUCCAUCAAUCAAACGAGGCGUCCCAGAUCGUCCGGGUCGACCUCAACAAGAGACUAAACGAUCUCGUCCCGGUAAUGUGGGAAGAGUGCAUCGCCGCCUACCAACACAAGUUUCCUCCCUGUCCGGACUGGAGGCCCAUGCAACCUUACCAGUGCCUCGCCUACCUCGUCGCUCGCAUUUCAUCCCGCGUCCUCGUCGGCCCCGAGCUCUCUGCCAACGACGAGUGGUGCCAGAUGGCCAUCGACACCACCCUCAAGUUCGAGGUUGCAUGCCGCAACGUGCGGCAAAAGUACCACCCCUACCUCCGCUGGACAGCAAAGUAUUUCGACGAGGCCUGCAAGAUACUCAUAGCCAACAACGACCGGAACCAUCAACUGCUCGAACCGAUCUUCAGGAAACGCAAGCAGUCCUCCUUCACGAACCAGUUCCCCGACGGCAUACAGUGGCUCGUGGACCUCUACCGCGAAGAGGGCAAACGACUCAGGUUGGAGGACUUGGCUCAGGACCAGCGCUUCAUCAUGAUGGCCAGCGUGCACAGCAGCGCGGCCACCGCUCUAAGCAGCCUCUACGACCUCUUGGACUACCCGGCAUAUCUCGAGCAGAUCAAGCAAGAAAUCGCGUCUGUCCGACACGAGCACAACAUCACACCGACCACGAACUGGACGCGCAAAGCACUGGGAUCCUUGCGCCUCCUCGACGCCUUCAUGAAGGAGGGCCAGAGAUUACACACCCUCGGUGCCAUCACCGUCCGCCGAGCGGCCAUCGGCAACCUCGUACUCAAGGACGGCACUGUCAUCCCGGAUGGCUUUCAGCUGUCCUUCCCCAGCCAAGCCAUCUACCACGACCCGGAGCUCUAUCCUGACUCGGAAACUUUCAACCCCGGUCGGUUUCUGGAACUCAGAGAAAAGGUAGACCCGAACCGUUGGCACUUUGGCUCCGUGUCACACGAUAGUCUGGCGUUUGGGGCGGGCUUUCAUGCCUGCCCCGGUAGGUUCUUCAGCCAGGAAGAAGUAAAAAUGAUUCUUAUCUACUUGAUUGAGAAAUAUGAAUUUCGUUGGGAGGAUGAGAGCACCGGCAGACCGGCAGAUCUCGUGCAUGGUCCAGAGAUCUUCCCUAAUCCGUCUGCAUCGGUCAUGUUUCGCGAGAGGCAGAACUGCCGACAUUUGAAAAUACCCAUAGUGCAAGACAUGGCUUGGACUAUUUUGAUCCCACUCAUUUUGUACUCGCACCAACCCGUGUGUGCGCUGAGGGGCCCCGGCAAUGCCGCUGCUUCUGCCGCUGAUGCUGCUCUGGCAAAGCUCAACGCCACCGUCGAUGGCCGUCUGCAGUCAGCCCUUCCCCUGGCCGAGCCCUGCUUCACCAACCCCUCCGGUUCAUCAUGUGCCCAAGUCAAGGCGGGGCUCCCCUCGGCCUAUUUCCGAACAAGCCAGUACGCGGGCUUUCGUCAUCUUCAAGGGGAGGCUUGUGCCGCUAAUUCCACGGACUCAUGUCUCCUCGACGGCGCCACGCUGCAAAGCUCUGCAUCCUGUCAGCAGGGCCUCGUCUCAAAACACUUUCUCCCCGUCACGUCACCCGAGGACGUCGCAGCCGCAUUUGACUAUGCUCGGUCGACAAACCGCACCCUCUCCAUCAAGAACAGCGGCGUCGAUUAUUCGGCACGGAGCAGCCGCCAGGGCUCCCUCGCCCUCUGGACGCGUGGGCUGAGGCACAUGGAAUUCCACGAGGAUUUUGUGCCGGCCGGGUGCGAAGCCCCGCCACCUGGAACCAAAGCCAUCACGAUCGGGGCCGGAGUGUCCACGGAUGAGCUCUACCGCUUUGCGCACAGCCGUGGCCUGUCCUAUGCCGGCGGGACAUAUGUCAGCAUCGGCUCGUCGGGAGGCUGGUUGCUGGGCGGCGGCCAUGGGCCUUUUACCGGCAGCAAAGGCCUCGGAGCUGAUCGCGUUCUCCAGUUCGCAAUCGUCACGCCGGACGGACAGCUCCGUGUUGCCAACGCCUGUCAGAACCAGGACCUGUUCUGGGCGUUGCGAGGAGGAGGCGCCGGUGCGUUCGGCGUGGUGUUGAACUCGUCAUCUGUCGUCGACGCCGAGGUGCCCGUGACGUUUGCUACCAUGAAGCUUACAAAGACGACCGAAGAGAAUCGAGCGCAGUUUAUGAGACUGCUGGUGGAGAACAUGCAACAGUGGGUGCUGGACGGAUGGGGUGCGUAUGCAGGGCCCAACUCGUCCAUCUUGGUCAAGGAAGGGGACGACGUCGCCGCCGCCACAUCAGCGGUCAGGCCCAUUACCGACUUCCUCCAUAGUGUCGAUGGCGGGCAUGUAAACAUAACUACCAUGCCGACGUUCUUCGACUUUUACGUCAAUGUCAUCAACAGCAGCGCCGCCCUGCCGACGGCUGUCAGCAGGGCAGUCUUUACUUCCAGCCGCCUCAUCCCGGAAGCCGCACUUGAGGAUACCUCAAGGAGACAGCGGAUGGUCGAAGCCAUCUUGACAAUGGAGAAGGAGGGAAGUCCAGCAGCCCUUCUCACGACCACGCCAUUGGCCUUUGCAAAAAGGCAAGGCUUCACCGAUGGAAACAAAAACACUAGCCUUACUCCAGCUUGGUACCACUCCGUCUUCAUGGUCAAUCAUGAGCUCGACUGGCGGGGUUCAAACAGCAUCGCCGAGAGACGAGCGAUGGUGGCCAAGUUUCGCAACAUCACGCAGACGUGGAGGGACCUCGUGCCGGACGGUGGGACCUACUCCAACGAGGCGGAUCCCUGGCUUCCGGAUUUCCAAAGAGAGUACUGGGGUGACGAGAACUACGCAAGGCUGGCCAAGAUUAAGAACAAGUACGAUCCAGACGCUACCAAUGUACUUUUAAAGCUACCAAAGCUACCUUUCAAGUUUCAACUUUUUCUCAACUACUUGGCCCCCCCUCACGUGGACAACGAGCUUGGCUCCCGAGACAGCCUUGUUCCUCAGCAGUUCCAAGCCGUCCAAGACGCCCUUGAAGCCGCCUUCCACCAUCUUAACCGGAUGCGUCUUCAACAGUCCCUGAUCAAGCAGCGCCUGCACACAAAGAUACCAUUCCCGGCCAAACUCUCUCAGUGCCGGAUCGGGCUCGACAUCGUAUGGCGGUGGCCAACCCAGCUUUUUGCCAAACAGUGCAGGGCCGAGCAGCCAGUCGGCCUUGAUCAGCUUCCGGGACGCCGCCUUGACUUGGUUUCCCACGCCUUCUCGGCCCCGUACUGCUCCACCAGCGCAAAGUUGUGCGGCGAGCAGGUCGUGAUGGGAACCAAGCCCGACCGCCGCACGAUCUGGAUCGCCAUGGUGCCGCUAGCCGUGCUGCCCCCGUACACCAGCACAAAACACGGCUGCUCGGCCGGCUUCUGGGGAUGUCCGGGAACUUUGAGCGACCAGAACAGCGCAUACCCAAUCGUCGCGGUCCCAAUGCCCAGCGUGGCGGCCUCUUCCCAGCCCAUGCCGGUCGGCAGCUUGAGGGUGAAGUCGGCCGUGGCGUCGACGUACUCUGCGUACGCACCAGUAAGCGGUGCAAGGGGGUUCAUGCUUUGGACGGCUGCGCAGACGCGAUCGCCGAUCUGA